UCUAUAUGGCAACUGACUUCCGCAGCGGCCCGGUCUUCGCUCCAUCUCGCCGCCCCCACGCUGCCCGUUAGAGAUCCGCGGCAUCGCCAGCGGCGCCGAUGCCCCCGUCGCCGCCGGCGAUCUCGCCGGCGCGGCUGCACAAGCUGGUGACAGCGCAGGCGGACCCGCUCCUGGCGCUCGAGCUCGUCAACGUCACCUCCCCGACCACCACGCCUCACCCGGCCACCCUCCACUCACUCCUCCUCCGCCUCUCCCGCCGCCGCGACCACCUCCCCCACGCGCUCGCCCUGCUCCGCCGCCUCCCGUCCCCGCCCUCCCCGCGGCUCCUCCUCCCGCUGCUCCUCUCCGUUCUCCGCCUCCGCCGCCCGCCCCACCUCUUCCUGUCCACCUUCAACACCCUCUUCGUCGCCGGUCCCAGCCCCCUGUCGCUCCACCCGCAGCUUCUCCUCCGCCUCCUCUCCGCCCUCUCCUCCACCGCCGCCUACUUCCCGUCCGCGCUCCACCUCCUCCGGCUCGUCUCCUCCCGCCUCCCCCUGCCGGCGCCGCUCGUCCUCGCCUCCCACAACCUGCUCAUUGAGGCCGCCGCCCGCUCCGGCCACCUCGCCGUGUCGCUCUCUCUCUUCCACCGCCUGCGCUCCCUCCGCGUGUCUCCCGACGGCCACACCUACCGCAUGCUUACCCAGUCGCUCUGCCGCCGCGGCCAGGUCCGCACUGCCACUACCCUGCUCGACGAAAUGCUUCACAGGGGCAUCCCUGCCGAUCCUCUGGCGUACACCACCGUGCUCAACGCCCUCUGCCGCAAGAAGCAGCUCCGCGAGGCCUACCGAUUGCUGUGCCUCAUGCGAGGCCGCGGGGUCUCGCCUGACAUUGUGCACUACAACACCGUCAUUGUCGGAAUGUGCCGUGAGGGGCGGCCACUGGAUGCCUGCAAGGUGAUUGGUGAUAUGACGGAUAAUGGCUGCAUACCGAAUGCAGCGUCGUAUGCAACGGUGGUGAAUGGGUUGUGCGUGAGUGGGUUGUUUGACAAGGCAGAGACAUACUUGGAAGAUAUGGUGAGUAAAGGGAUUGUACCACAUUUUUCGGUGUUCCAUUCGGUGAUCAAGGGGUGUUGCACAGUGGGAAAGGUAGAGGAGGCUGCUAGGAUGAUGAGUCGGGUGCUUGAUAUUGGGAUGCCUCCACAUGUUGAGACAUGGAGUUCAGUGAUCAGCAGUAUUUGUAGCGACGAGGACUAUGUUGAGGUGAUUUUGUUGCAAAUGCUGAAAGGAAGGGGGUGCUGCUCGAAGACGAUCUCGAGGAGUACCUUGUGAUGAUGUUAUGUGGUGUGGUGGCAGAGAUUUAAGAAGCAAUCAGUUUGUAGUUCCUCAUAUUUUUUGAAGGCUUGUAGUUCCUCAUUUUUGGUGAUGAUAUAAACAAUCAGCCUUGCUGAAAACACAAUGACACAGUGCAAAUUGUGGACCGCAAAGGCAUAUUUUCUGCCAAAACGCAACUGCCGGAGAAAGCAACUUGUUUUGCAAAGGUGAGAUCCUGGUCGUAGAUCAUCGAAGGGCAGCUACCGCGGUGGUGAUCACAAUGCUUCACUUGAAGCCAGUACAGACAGAAAAGAUAGUCCCAUACUACUUGUUUGCAAGGUGCACAAACUGCAAAGUAGGCGUGGAGCUCAUAGUUGAGGAAACAGAGGCUGUCAACCAGUUGAAGUGAAGAUCAAGAUGCCAAGAGUCCAUCCUAGUGCCUGGUGUGGAGACCUGCUGGAUACGGCGUUCUGCUCAAAGGAAGAUAUUGGGGCUAUAUUAUGUGGGAUGUGGUCCAGUUGGACAGUACGCAAUGGUCGCCACCACAGCGAAGUCUGAAUGAAAUUAACCUCUGCAUGCAGAUGGGGCUUGAGAUGUUGCUGCAGAUCUACUGCAUUCAAAGAGAAACAACAUGGAUCAAGAGAAACAAAAGAUGAACCCUAAAUGGCACCCUCCUGCUCCUGGAGUCGUUAAACUGAAUGUUGAUGAUGCGUUCGAGGCAACUGAUAACCAGGGAGCUACUGGAGUUGUUAUUAGAGAUGAAAUGGCAGCCUCAUUGCAGUUUGAUGUUCCUGGUAUGGUUCCACUCCUGUCGUGUUGACUGCUGAAGCCUGUGCUUGUGGAGAUGGAGCAGUGCUGAUGCCUGAAAUCUGAAUCGUGCUUUUCACGUUUGCGUUCAGCAGCGGAAACACUAAUGCUUUCAUUUUUGCUGCUGCUAUCGAUGCACGAGAUGCUCAUUUACUGACGUGACAGUGUCAAACGUAAACAACCCUCGUAGCUAGGUUGAUGUUGUUUCUCAAGGAGGACAUGAGUGUAAAGAAGGAAGAUAGAGAUAAGGAAAGGAAUGAACUGAGCUUCAGAAGCUGCUCCAUUUUCUCUGUACUAGGACCUGAUGCGUGAACUCCUCUCUCAAAUCUCUAGUUGAUUUACACCAAAAUUCAUUUCUUUCUUGAGGGAUUCAACAUGGUAUCAGAGCAAUCGGUCCUAAUCGGUCCUGGACUCGGAUUUGGUUUGAUUUGUGCUACAUUUGCUGCUCGUCGUGGUUGUCACCGGCUCGCCGUCUUUGUGUGCGGCAGCCAUCUUCGUCAACGUUGUCGU